AUGGCCCCUCCCAAAACCCUCAACUUCAUCACCGGCAACAAAAACAAACUUGUCGAGGUAAAAGCCAUCUUGGGCAAUACCAUCAAUCUCCAAAGCCAAUCAUUAGAUCUCGUUGAGAUCCAAGGAACCAUUGAAGAAAUCUCCAGCGACAAAUGUCGACGAGCUGCUGAAAUUAUUAAAGGUCCAGUGCUCGUUGAGGAUACGUGUUUAUGUUUCAAUGCAUUGAAGGAAUUACCUGGUCCAUAUAUCAAAUGGUUCUUGGAGGCAUUAGGUCACGGUGGAUUGAAUAGCAUGCUAGCUGGCUUUCCAGAUAAAUCUGCACAGGCAGUGUGUACAUUUGCCUAUUCUGAAGGCCCGGGCCAUGAACCUAUUAUCUUCCAAGGACGAACAGAUGGCAAGAUAGUACCUGCAAGAGGUCCAACUGCAUUUGGUUGGGAUCCUAUAUUCGAGUAUGAGGGCCAGACAUACGCCGAGAUGGAGAAGGUUGAGAAGAACAAGAUCUCGCAUCGUUUCAGAGCACUUGAGAAGUUGAAGACCUGGCUGCAAGAAGAAGCAUAG